AUGAACUCACAAUCUCGAUCGCGCCAGCCGAGGGGUCAAGGGAAAAAUGAUGGAAUGCAGCUGGGCGACCUUGCGAUUGGCGAACUAAAUAUUUACCCGCCUUUCCUUCGAGCCACCACCACCAUGUCAUUAUAUCUCUGGAUACUUCGUGUUUCCAUCCUACACUCAUUUUUGACGAUCCUUGUAUCAGCGGCGACGGCGGAGGAAUGGCGUGGGCGAAGAAUAUACCAGGUGUUGACUGACAGAUUUGCGAGAGAAGACAACACCGCGGCACCUUGCGACACGUCUGAGAGAACAUAUUGUGGAGGGACAUGGAAGGGCAUCACCAGUCACCUUGACUACAUCCAGCAGCUGGGGUUCGACGCUGUUUGGAUUUCGCCAAUCGUCGCCAACGUGGAGGGUGUUACUGCUUACGGCGAGGCUUACCAUGGCUACUGGCCAAAGGACAUCACGAAACUCAAUGAAAACUUUGGGACCGCAGACGACCUCAAGACCCUCAGCCAAGCCCUACAUUCACGAGGCAUGUACCUCAUGGUCGACGUCGUGGUAAACCAUUUUGUGGUUAUACCUUCAGCCGACGGGUCGCUCGACUUCUCCAGCAGCGUUCCAUUCUCCUCCUCCAGCUCGUUCCAUCCCCGAUGCACCAUAAGCGACGCCGAUUACACUCAAAACCAAACCGCUGUCGAGCUGUGUUGGCUCGGUGACGACAAUCUCCCGCUAGCCGACUUGAACACGGAGGACCCGGCAAUCGUGCAAACCCUUUUGGACUGGGUUAAAGAGACAGUGGAGGAGUAUAGCAUCGAUGGGCUACGUAUCGACACUGUGAAGCAUGUUCGCAAGGACUUCUGGCCGGCGUUUGCGAAGGCGGCGGGUGUUUAUACUCUGGGCGAGGUUCUCAUUGACGACGUCGAUUAUGCUGCACCAUACACCCAGGUCAUCGAUUCCGUACUCGACUACCCAACCUUCUUCGCCGUCACCUCAGCUUUCAAGUCGAACACGGGCAACGUGACAGCUAUUCCGGACGUCGUUACGCGCUCCCAGACAGCGUACGAUGGAGGUUUGUUCAUUUCCGGCUCCUUCCUCGAGAACCAUGACCAGCCAAGAUUCCAGUCUCUUACUACCGACCAAUCGCUUGUAAAAAAUGCGAUCGCUUGGACUUUCGUACAAGACGGUAUUCCGAUCCUUUACUCUGGACAAGAGCAAGGGUACGAAGGAGGCGCUGAUCCGGCAAACCGUGAGGCUUUGUGGCCCUCCGGAUACCUGACCGACAAAUCUCUCGUCACCCACGUCAAAGCCCUCAACAACGCAAGGAAACUUGCAGGCGCGGCUAAUACCAACUUCCACACAACACCCGUUCAAUUCAUCUCGCAAACCGACUCUUCAACACUCGCCAUAUCCAAGCCGCCCCUCCUCACACUCCUGACCAACGCCGGGGAAACCCCAAGCUCGUCACCAGAAUGGACGAUCCCUGCCUCAGCGGGUCUGUUCGGAGCCGGCACGAUGCUCGUAGACGUUCUGACAUGCCAAGGGACGACCGUGGAUUCGGACGGCAGGGUGUCGGUACGAGCCUCUGCGGGUGCACCCAAGGUGUUCCUGCCAGCAACGGUGCUGACUAAGGAUGGUGGCCUUUGUCCCGAUGCUGCGACGAGUGGGGCGGCGCAAAGGGGUUGGAGUGUUUUUUUGAUGAGUCUUUCGAUCGGUGUUGUGUUGUUGGGAACGACGAUUUAG